UGCCAGUGAUGAGCUCCGCGAGCUCCAUUAAUGGUGAAUUCCAUUCCUCCGCUCCUAAAAGAACCAAACUGAAACCCUAACCGUAGAUCUCUCUCUCUCUCUCUCUCUCUCUCUCGCUCUUUGUGAUGGGAUAUCAACAGCACCACCACGGCGGCAAUAACAACUCCGGUGGCGAUGGUGUCGCCCAUCACCAGCGAGUCAACAGCCCGCGGUAUACCGGGUCGAUGACGCGGAGGGCGCACUCCUUCAAGCGAGGCGGGAACGGGGAGAUCGAACUCCAGAUCAACUCCCCCAGGUCGCCGGGCGAGAACCCGGGGAGCGCCGCCGGGGAGGGGGCGGAGCUGCCGGCGGCGGCGGAGAGGUGGCAGGGCGGCGGCCACCUCCACCACAACCAGAGCGCCCGGUUCCGGCUGGGCGUGCCGACGCUGGGGAAGGGGCUCUUCAGGAAGCCCCCCGGCGGCGUGGCGGAGCUAGGGUUCCGGGAGAGGAGGAGGAUCGGGAACCUGCUGUUCUUUGCGUUCUGUAGCGUGUGCUUUCUGCUUGGGGUUGUGAAGAUCUGCGCUGGGGGUUGGCUUGGGCUUCCCGGGAUCAAAAAAAGUGGAGUUUAUCAGGAUCUAUCUAGCAGUCAAUUUACUGGUUGUAGAAGUGAUAGUGAGAGAAUGCUUAUGACCGUAUCAUCAAGCAAGGGUGGAAGUCAAAACAUUGUAGUUGAGUACUCAGGCAUAUGGGCCAAGCCAAACAGUGCAAAUUUUACACAGUGCAUUGACCAUACAGGUCCUCACAAAAAGUUGGAUGCCAAGACGAAUGGUUACAUCCUCAUCAAUGCGAAUGGAGGUUUGAAUCAGAUGAGAUUCGGGAUCUGCGAUAUGGUAGCUGUGGCUAAGAUCUUGAAGGCAGCUCUUGUUCUUCCUUCGCUUGACCAUAACUCCUAUUGGGCAGAUGAUAGUGGCUUCAAGGAUCUCUUUGACUGGAAGCAUUUCAUAGAGACCCUGAAGGAUGAUAUUCAUAUAGUUGAAACAUUGCCUGCUGCUUAUGUAGGAAUGGAACCUUUAGUGAAGACUCCAAUAUCUUGGUCUAAGGCUAAUUAUUAUAAAGCAGAAAUUCUCCCACUUCUGAAACAACACAAAGCUAUAUAUUUCACUCAUACGGAUUCUCGACUUGCAAACAACGGACUUCCUGGCUCUAUCCAGAAACUGAGAUGCCGUGCAAAUUACAGGGCAUUGAAAUAUUCAGCACCGAUAGAGGAACUAGGGGCAACCUUAAUUUCAAGGUUGCGUGAAGGUGGAAGUCCAUAUCUUGCUCUCCAUUUAAGGUAUGAAAAGGACAUGUUGGCAUUUACAGGUUGUAGUUAUAAUUUGACAACUGAAGAAGAGGAGGAGCUUCGUCAAAUGCGUUAUGAAGUAAGCCACUGGAAAGAGAAGGAGAUCAAUGGAAUUGAAAGAAGAAAGCUGGGUGGCUGCCCUCUGACACCCAGAGAAACUUCCCUUCUACUUAAAGGACUAGGCUUCCCAUUGAACACGAGAAUAUACUUGGUGGCUGGUGAAGCUUAUGGAAAUGGUAGCAUGCAGUAUCUGUUAGAUGAUUUCCCGAACAUUUACUCCCAUUCAACUCUUUCUACUGAAGAGGAACUUGGACCCUUCAGAAAUCACCAAAACAUGCUUGCUGGUUUGGACUAUGUUGUUGCUCUUCAGAGUGAUGUUUUUGUUUACACUUACGAUGGAAAUAUGGCAAAGGCUGUGCAGGGGCACAGGCGCUUCGAGAACUUCAGAAAAACCAUCAACCCAGACAGGUUGAAUUUUGUGAAACUGAUUGAUGACUUUGAUGAAGGAAAGAUCUCCUGGAAGAAAUUCAGCUCGAAAGUGAAGAAACUGCACAAAGAUCGAAAUGGAGCUCCAUAUUUGAGGGAGCCUGGAGAAAUUCCGAAGCUGGAAGAGAGUUUCUAUGCGAACCCUCUACCGGGUUGUAUAUGUGAAAAACAGCAGAGCAGCAGAUAAAAGAAUAAUUUUAUACAUUUUUUUGUUUCAUUGAUGUGCAUUGGUGCAUCAAAGACUUUGGGGAGGAAGAAAUUCUUAUAACAACUGCUGGGGCUAUUAUCAGAUGAAAGCCAAGCUUACAUUCACUACUUGGUAGAAACUACAAUUAUUGAUUCAGCAUACACUGUUUCUGGUAAAGGCACAAGCUUGGAACUUUGUAGAGCCUGUACAGUGACGAAAUCAUGCAAGAUUACUUUGGACCGGUCAGCUACAAGAUCACAAGUAUAAAAAUUUGCUUGGAUAUGAUAGAAUGCAACAUUGUGGAGCAUGCCGCAAUUCUCUUUCCAGAUUUUGAUAUUCUUCUCACCCUGCUUCAUUCUAAUUGUGAUGUCGUGUAAUAAGACUUCUUUAGUUUUUUAAUUAUUUCCUUUAUGUAAAACGAAACAGAUCUGACAUCAAGGCACUGCCUGAGAAAAUUCAUUCAUGUGACACGGCUAAUAAUAAUUUCUUGCAGAAGAAUUUUCUUUCUUGAUUUU